AAUCUAUUUUCUCGAGUUUUCAGGAAGAAGAAGAAGAAGGAAGGGUUGGGAAGAAGAAGAAGAAGACAGGGAGGAUUUCGAUUGAACAGCUCAUUCGCGAAAUCUUUUCUCUCUCCCUUAUUUAAUCUUCAUCAUCUCACUUUUUCUCAUUCUAUCAAAGAUUGUAUCGGUUUCCUUUCCGUUUUACGACGCUUGAUCUUUACAUAGACUUGUCGCUUGAGAUCUGCUUAAAUCUCUAGUUAGAACCUCUCUGGAAGUCAACAACUACUCUUUCUCUGCAUUUGUUUAGUUUUUGUUGGAGGUUUAUUCAAAGAUCUAAGAGGAUGUCUUACGCUUACCUUUUCAAGUACAUCAUCAUCGGCGAUACAGGUGUAGGGAAAUCAUGUCUUCUUUUGCAAUUCACUGAUAAGAGGUUUCAGCCUGUGCAUGAUUUAACUAUUGGUGUUGAAUUUGGUGCAAGAAUGAUCACCAUUGACAAUAAGCCUAUCAAACUUCAGAUCUGGGACACGGCUGGUCAAGAAUCAUUCAGGUCCAUUACGAGAUCUUAUUACAGGGGAGCUGCUGGUGCAUUGCUUGUAUAUGACAUCACCAGGAGGGAAACCUUCAAUCACCUUGCCAGUUGGUUAGAGGAUGCUAGGCAGCAUGCUAAUGCAAACAUGACUAUCAUGCUCAUCGGUAAUAAAUGUGACCUUGCACAUCGAAGGGCUGUAAGCACUGAAGAAGGCGAGCAGUUCGCCAAAGAACAUGGUUUAAUAUUCAUGGAAGCAUCUGCAAAAACUGCUCAGAAUGUCGAAGAAGCAUUUAUAAGCACGGCAUCUACAAUUUACAAGAAGAUACAGGAUGGAGUCUUCGAUGUCUCAAAUGAGUCUUACGGGAUAAAAGUUGGGUAUGGUGGGAUUCCAGGAUCGUCGGUUGGUCGGGAUGGCUCGACCGCACAAGGUGGUGGGUGCUGUAGUUGAAUAUGAGAGGAGUCUCUAGUGUUGAUACCUUAUAUAUAUACAUUUGUGCUAAAAAAUGAUUUGAAGUAUCUUUCGGUUUGAUUAUUUUUCAAUGUGCAGAUUCUCAUUUCAUAUGUGUUCAACUGUAUUUGCAAUGUUCACAUCAUUCCAUUUGGAUCUUCAUAAUGUGUAGUUUUUCGUUUUCGUU